AGAAACAUGGCAAGCCUUUCACAACGCUGCUCAAACUGGCGAUGUACAAAAAAUCGGAGAAUUAAUAAGAAACAGAGUGGAUGUUAAUAUCAAAAACCGUAAUGGUUGGACACCUUUAUUAACCGCAACUUACUAUGAUAAAUCUAAUGUAGUUGAGUUGUUGACAAGGAAUGGUGCUGACAUUAAUUUUAAAGAUAACGACGGUUUUAGUCCCCUGUAUACAGCCUCUUUUAAUGGUUAUGAGCGUAUCGUCCAAAUAUUAAUCGAAAAAGUUGCGGAUGUAAACAUCAGAAAUAAGAGAGGAACGGCACCAAUAAUUGCUGCCGCUCAAGAAGGUCAUGGGCGAGUUGUGGAACUGUUGCUUAAAAACGGUGCCAAUGUCAACAGUCAAAAUAACUUUGGAUCGACGCCCUUGUAUUGGGCUUCAAGAAAGGGUCAUACUAAUGUAGUUGAACUGUUGAUAAGGAAUGGUGCAGACGUUAAUUUGAAAGAUAACGAUGAAGAAAGUCCAAUUUAUAUAGCUUCUUUCUAUGGUCAAACCAAUAUAGUCGAAUUAUUGACAAGGAAUGGUGCUGACGUUAAUUUAAAAGAAAAAGGCGGCUAUAGCCCACUAUAUACAUCCUCUUUUAGUGGUUAUGAGCGUAUCGUCCAAAUAUUACUAGAAAAAGGUGCGGAUGUAAACAUCAGAAAUAAGAAUGGAAGUGCACCAAUAAUUGUCGCCGCUCAAGAAGGUCAUGGGCGAGUUGUUGAACUGUUGCUUAAAAACGGUGCCAAUGUCAACAGUAAAAAUAACAUAGGAUCGACGCCCUUGUAUUGGGCUUCAAGAGAGGGUCAUACUAAUGUAGUUGAACUGUUGAUAAGGAAUGGUGCGGACAUUAAUUUGAAAGAUAGGGACGGCGAUAGUUCGCUGUAUACAGCCUCUUUGAAUGGUCAUGGGCGAGUUGUUGAACUGUUGCUCAAAAACGGUGCCAAUGUCAACAGUCAAAAUAACAUAGGAUCGACACCCUUGUAUUGGGCUUCAAAUAAAGGUCAUACUAAUGUAGUUGAACUGUUGAUAAGGAAUGGUGCAGACAUUAAUUUGAAAGAUAACGAUGGCGACAGUCCGUUGUAUACAGCCUCUUUUGGUGGCCAUGAGCGGGUCGUCCAAAUAUUACUCGAAAAAGGUGCGGAUGUAAACAUCAGUAAUAACAAAGGAACUGUACCAAUAAUUGUCGCCGCUCAGGAAGGUCAUGGGCGAGUUGUUGAACUGUUGCUUAAAAACGGGGCCAAUGUCAACAGUCAAAAUAAAUUUGGAUCGACGCCCUUGUAUUGGGCUUCAAAUAAAG